CGGGAGGCCCGGCGGGACCGCAGCGGGAACGGGCACCGCACACCCCGCACACCCCCAACACCCCGCACACACCGCACACCGCGCCGGGACCCCGCUCCGCGCCGGGACACGGCCCUGGCAGCGCCUCCCGCCGGCACCGGGGUCCCGGCGGUUCCCGGGGCGCAGCGGACGCAGGAAGAAGAGGGAUCCCUGUGUCCCCACGGCCUUGCCGGAGGAAGGAGGAGCCGAGAGAAGGCUCUCAUCGAUCCUUCCCAGCUGUGCGGAGCAGCUGGGACUCAGCUGUGAGCGGCCAAACUGACGGGGAGGACGCUGUCCUGCUGCCUGCCUGGCCCCAUCCCCACCUCACCGCCAACACCACCGCUGUCCCCUCUGUCCCCUGCCAAUGCCGGCAGGUGGAGGCUGCACACACAGUCACUGCAGUGGCAUCCCACGUGUGAGACCGAGCUGUGGGCUCUGUUUACUCCCGUGGGACAGAGGCCAUGGGGGCUGCUCUUUCCACUGGGGCGAUCGUGGCAAUUUCUUUUAACUGUGUCAUCGCGUUGCUCAUCCUCAUCCUCUUCCUCAUCCUCUGCAAAGCCUGCAGGACCCCUUCAUGUCCCGAGAAGACCCCAUCUUCUGAUGUGGAUGAGUCACGGAACGAAGAGAAGUACCUGCUGCAGCCCUGAUCUGCCCGAUCUGGGGAGUUUGGUACCCGGCUGUGCCAAAGGAGUUGCCCAGCCUGGAUGCUUGUGCUGGGACUGGGGUGCCAGACCAGGCACGAUGAAAGCAGAGGGGACACCGAGCAGUUCACAGGGGCCGUGACAGAGGGCACAGUCCUUUGCCUUGGUGGUUGUAGUGCGUGAAGUUCCUGCAAGUGCCUGCAGUGGUCAUGGGGAUAGAGGGACAACAGAUGGGGAUGUGCUACACGGGCAAUCGUGCCUGUCCCAGUGGCCAGCAAGCACAGCAGGAGCCCUGCCCUCAUGUGCACCCUGUGCUUGGGAAGAGCCUGUGGGCCUGGGGCAGUGGCCAUCACAGUGCAGACCUGAGCAAGGCUGGGUGGACGCUCGCAGAGGGGAGGCAGCAGGGCUGGCACAGGCACUUUUUCCCAAGCAGGCUGGCUGCUCAAUGGUGGGCUGUGCCCAGGGGGACCCAAGCAGCCCUGGCCCUGCCGGCAGGGUGGGAUGUUACCAGUCCAGAUGUUAGGGGGUGGCCCUGGGGUGCUGUGUGUCCCCAGCCUCAGGAUGGCAUUUGGCACACAUCUGCCCAAGCAGCCAGUUUGAUGAGGCACGAGAGGGUCUGCAUGGUCUGCCCGAUCCUCCCCAGUCUGUCUGUCAAUCCCCUCCAGCAUUAGCACUAACGCUGCUAGGCAAACAGCCCUCUUCCUCACUGUGGGUGUGUCCCUGCCUUCCCUCCUGCCUACUCCCAGCUGAGGCCAGACCCUGGGAUUUGGCCAGUCUGGGAGCAGCAGACAUGCCCUUGCUGGCAUUCCCAUCUCCACUGACAGCAGCCUGGGGUGGCUUUUUCCUGGGAAGGUGGGAGAUGUGGGGAGAUGUUAGUGCCCAGACAAACAGCACUGAAGGUUCUUUGACCCUGACUGUUCCCUGGGGAUCACAGUGGCUCUGUGGGGAGGGAUGCUGGUGGUCCAGUGUGUCCUCAAGCCUGGCUGCUGCAUCCCCUGCCCUGCCAGCAGGUGCCAUGGGUUUUGGAGGGCUCUGCCUUGCCUAUCCUAGAGCCGAGCAAUAGCCAUGGUCACUGCUGGCACAGCCACUGCAAUAAGGGGACAGAGGGGUGGGGUGGGAGGGACACUGGCCAGGGUCCCUGCGCAGGCUUGGCCAGGCCUGGCAGAGCCUGGGGUUCCUCCCCAUGUCAGGUGUAGCGAACACAUCCCUUUGCAGCCUUGUUUUUACUAGACUAAUAAACCGAUUGUAGGACCCA